CACUACCACCAGGUGCUGCGGAGGCCCGACGCCCGGCCACAUCUCCUCCUGCCCCACACUCUCCAGCAGCACUUGAAGGAGAGGCGGAUGAGGGGCACCGCCACCCUGGUGGCCAUCGGGGACUUCAUGGGGGCCUCCUCGCUGGGCCUGCCGCCGGGCUGUCACCCUCAGGUGGAAGCCCCCUGGUCUAUGCUGAGGUAUGAUGAGGAAGCACAGAGGUGGCUGCCCCUGGCCAACAACCUGCCCCCUGAUCUGGUGAAUGUCCGAGGCUACGGGUCGGCAAUGCUGGACAACUACCUGUUCAUUGUCGGGGGCUACAGGAUCACCAGCCAGGAGAUUUCGGCUGCCCAUUGUUACAACCCUUGCCUAAACGAAUGGAGUCAGCUGGCUUCAAUGAACCAGAAGAGAUCGAAUUUUAAGCUUUUGGCUGUAAAUGGGAAGCUCUAUGCCAUCGGUGGUCAAUCCCUUUCCAACGUGGAGUGCUAUAACCCAGAAAACGACUGGUGGAAUUUUGUGGCAUCCAUGCCAAACCCUCUUGCAGAAUUCUCAGCUUGCGAAUGCAAAGGCAAGAUCUACGUUAUCGGAGGAUACACUACCCGAGAUAGGAAUAUGAACAUUUUGCAGUACUGUCCCACUUCUGAUUCCUGGACCAACUUUCAACUUUGUGAUGUCCAUGUUCGCAAACAGCAGAUGCUCUCUGUUGAAGAAACCAUAUAUCUGGUAGGGGGUUGUAUUCAUGAACUUGGACCAAACCAAAAAUCCAGCCAAAGUGAGGAUGUGUUAACUGUGCAGUCUUACAACACUGCUACCAAAGAAUGGCUCUACCUCAAAGAGAACACAUCAAAAUCGGGUCUUAACUUGACUUGCACUCUCCACAAUGAUGGAGUCUAUAUCCUGAGUAGGGAUAUUACUCUAUCUACAAGCUUGGAGCACCGUGUUUUUCUUAAGUAUAAUAUAUUUACGGACAGUUGGGAGUCACUAAGACGCUUUCCAACCCUUGGACAAAACAUGCUGAUCUGUUCCAUGUAUUUGCCUGAUGUGCAAGAAUUGUAA